AUGCCUCUCUGUACGCUUCACCUACUUGCUCUCCAUAGCACCACACCUAACCCAGUCCUGACUUUCCUGUCAACACUCAAGUCCACGAACCUAUCACCUCUCGUAGUCUCGCGCGUCAUACGUUGGAUUAUUCUUCCUUCUAAGCUUUCGACCGAACAUCUCCUUGCUAGGAACAUCCAUUGGGAUCUCCUACUUAUUCUACCUAGCACCGAUGCCCUUCCGUCAGAGCUCGAGAAACUGGCCCAACACCACUGGAGCGUAACAGCCGGUGUACCAUCUCAUUUGGUCCAAGAUUUCCCAUCGAAGAACAACAAGCUUCUACAUCCAGAACCAAGUUCCGUGCCUGAAGUUCAAACAAAAAAGAGCAAUAAGACCACUGAGUCGAGCCAAAGUCUGGAACUCAGCGAUGAGCUCAAUAAAUGGAUCGAGGCCUUCGUCAACAGCGGUGCUAAAGAAGGCAAAGGCGCAGUAUCAAUGUUCAACCUCCUCGCUUUUAACCCCGGGAUGAAAGAAGAAUACCUGAAAUACGGUGCCGCAUUCGCUAAAUCAAUCGGUUCGAAGCACGGCGGCAAUGCAAAGAUUGUCGGAAACGCGACACACGUCAACGGUUCAGCUAUUACCAAGUCUUCGAACAGCAGUGUCGGUACCAACGGCGAAGUGGGUGGCGGAAAAGAUGACUGGGAUGAGAUUGCGCUGGCGCAUUAUCCUAGCAUCCUGCAUUUUAGGGAUAUGUUGGCGAGUGAGGAUUAUCAAGAGGUCAAUCAUAGGCAUCGCGUGCCUAGUCUGAGAGAUACAUGCAUUCUCAUGACGAGUGAGAUCGCGAUCGAAGAGUUGAUGAGGGAAGGUAAAGGCGGAGCGAAGCUGUGA